GUUUUUUCUGUUUUCAGUUUAUCACCUAACUGUAUUUUGAAGCUUCGGAGUAUGUUCAUGUUAUCAUUACAUUCAUAUCACUCGGCAUAAAGGUUAUGCUCACAUCAGAAUUUUAGGGACUUUCCGUUUGUAAAGAUUAGUUUUGUAAGAAUGUUUGUUGUCUUCACUGUAAGAAGGCGCAAAACAUCUUUUAGUCCUUAUACAGGAAGACCGAAGAUGUAAGGGUUUUGAGGAGCAUCUCAAGUGCAGACAGCAGGCUGCAAAGAGGAUUGUGUACGGCAAAAACAGAAUAUUGAAACUGCUCGCUUAACUUCACAUACACGUUUUAAUGAUUGAUUAAGAGAUGAAAAGUGUUUUACUGAGAUGAGUCGGGACGCUGAGCUGUUGUCCCCUCAAGAUGCUGAUAUGAAACAUCUUUCUCAUUUAGUUUAACAUGAAUGCUAUUAUUUAGCUGUUAAAGCUGCCUCAGAAAAUCAAAGAUACAGCCACCAUAACUAACUAAAAUACUUUCUGCAUGUGUGCUCUCCGUCUCGUUUUGUGGAAGUUUGAUUUUUAGUACUGUCUCUGGCCCCGCCCAUAUUUUGUUCACCUGUCUUGAUAUCUCUGAUUACUCUGUGUGUGUAGACAACACUUGUAUUUCCUUAAUUUUGGUUUGGUCCUGUGUUUGUUUGUGUGUUCGUUGAUCUCUGUGUUUUUGUUUCUCUUGUUUCCUUGUUUUGUGGGUUACCCUAUUUGGAUUAUUAAAGGACAUGUUGCUCUUGGAUCCAGCCUUUGUCCGUAUGUCUUUUUUUUCUGUUGUGACACUAUCAGGAUUUGUUCAUUAAUGGGAUGUAAGCGUUUGAUUCUCUUCCAUAUAAAUUUCUUGUAGCAGAAGAGAAGUGAGAUUUAGAUGCGGUGUCCUGAUUUGUCCAUGUACAGCACAUUGAGCCACAUAGUAGCCUGUAUUAUUGAAAAAGCACAUUUGAAACCUUCACCUCGCCAGACCUUGGUAAAACCGCUUGCUUUGUCAGGCAGAGGGAUCUAGUCAGGUUUUAUUUGUGCUUUUGUCUACUCGGGAACAAAAGCAAAGAUGCCUGGCUUCAGCUGAUUUUAAUCUGGCAAAGAGGAAAUGAAGUGCCAAAAUGAGCACCUCUCAUAGCUGUGAUCCAGUCAUGGUUCCUUUUGAGGACGUGCUGUUUCAGGUGAGAAAAGCUUUGCAGGUCGGCCCUAGCCUCCUGUAUGGACUCCUCGAGGAGCUGCAUGAAGCCAGAGUCUUCUCCACGCAGUUCUACCUGUCUCUUUUCAAGAAUGGAGGGCAAAGUUUGGGCGAAAUCCUCUUCAAAGAUGAAGAGGAUCUGGCCAGGAGACUGUCUUUACCUAUUUGGCAAAAAUGGGACGUCAGCCAGGUCAUCUUGGAUUCGGCAUUGAACAUUGAGGAGGAUUUAAGUGCGUUUCUAAACAGUCCUGAUGCUGAAUCGCAAGAUAUGAUAGAUACCUUAGAUUCAGGGUUGGAUCUACUACCUGACCAUCUUGUUUCUGAAAUCAUUGACUCCAUUCUAAGUGAAGACUAUUUUGAAGACAUUUUGGCAGAUCCCAGUAUCCUUGAAGAUGAUUUUCAUUUUCCAUGUGACACAGACACAGCCUGCACACUGACAUCAGAAAAUGCUGCUAUUUUAGACCAAAAUAUUACUAAAAAACGAAAAGGUAAAGAUGCAUCCAAAUCCAACAAAACCCCAACUAAACGCAACAGAAAAGCAACAGCGUGCCUUGAAAGUCCCCCAAACAGAUGUACGCCCACCAUUGCCUCUGAGGGAAAUUUCCACUCAUUCAACUCUCUCCAGCGUGUAUGGCAUCUCUCCAACCUCCCCCCCAUAACCAACAACACUGCCUUUGAAAGCCCCUCUUUUCUAUCCCCUAGUGGUGGUUCUGCAUUCCCGAUCAUCCAGACGUCCGGUUCUCUUUCGCACCCAUUGAUCAGCACUGUGGUUCCAUUUAGGCACACAUAUGUGAUUGUGUCACCGCAACCUGUCAGCCGUGUGACUCAAAUACUUCCUGUUUCACCUGUUGAUGGUACAGUCGCUCCUCCAGAGCUCACCGUUGCCGUGCUUCCAGUUGGCACAUUAUCAGACAGUGCAAGCAAGGGCUUGCCAUCACACCCAGUAGAUACUUUCUCCCCUACAAAAGUGGACAGAAGCAACACCUGUGUGUUAGCAGAUGGAAAGCCACGGAAGAACACUGAUUCCCCACCUCCCAAACCAGCAGCUGAAGUCCGUCCAGAGGCACCAAAAUGUGUUAAGGAGUUCAUUAAUCUUGCAAAGCCUCACAUCAGGAAUGUCUGCAAUGCCAUGCGUGGGGGACUGGGAAUGGAGUCGCACUACAUUGACGUGCAUCUUAUCCCGAGGAAACUCCUAAUCAAAUCUGGCAAGAAUGCUAACAAGUGUCUGGAGAAAGAACUGGUUGUGCUCAGCGACUCAGAACGGAAGCAGAGCCUGCUGGAUAGAAGUCAAGUGUUCCAAAACAAUCUUACCAGACCAAAACAGUCAAUAGCAAUCCUUGGAAAAACCGGAGUGGGAAAAACCGUGAUGAUUCAGCGGUUGUGCUUGGACUGGGCAAGCGGUAGCCUGUCUCAAUUUCAGUUUGUGUUUUUGUUGGACUGUAAAAAUUUGGACCUUAAGAAAUCGAACUACAGCUUAAAACAUUUACUGUUUGAUUUGUCUGUGUCUCCCAGUUGCGAGGAAUCCGACACUGUGUUCAAACACAUUCUCUCUUCUCCGGAAGACGUUCUCAUUAUUUUCGAUAGCUUUGAUGACAUUAAAGACUUUGAAGGGCUCCUUCAGGCUCCCGCUAAAUCACCCAAAGACACUAAAUACACAGUCAAACAGUUGUUCUCAGGUCUGUUCCAGAAGGAAAUUCUCGCGGGUUGCACGCUUCUCAUCGCCACACGACCUAAAGAGGUUUUAAACCAGGUGCUGCGAAAAAUGGACAGCCUUUUGGAGCUUUGUCACUUCUCGCCGGAGGACAUAGAGCUCUACACGACCAAAUAUUUCAGGGACUCCUCCCUCCAGGAGAAAGCACUGCAGAAAAUCAAAAAAAAAAUAUAUAUCUUUAGAAUAUGCUCCAACCCGUUGCUCUGCUGGACUACGUGUUUCCUUCUGGAGCAUCAAGACAGCAACUGUGAAGCUUUACCUUCAACUCUCACAGAGUUGUAUCAGAAAGUGACCUUCAAGCAAUUGCAGCUAGCUAGCCGGGAAAUCAGCUCACAGGAUACCCAGCAAUUAUGCAAAACCGCUUGGGAAGGAUACAAGAAUCACAACACGCACAUAAAAAUCGACGAGUCACCUGAGUUGGUGAAAUACUAUCUCAAGAGUGGCAUAAUCGUGUCAUACGCUCAACAGAACCACUUUGAAGACCUUUACAUUCAGAACCUUCUAGGUGCCUUGCACUCGGUACAAUCCAAACAGGUGAAUGAAAAAAUGCUGUUGGCACACAGCAUGGUACAGCAGAAGAAACGGAAAAUUCAGGGGGAGUCGCAGGAUGUGAUGCAGAGCUUCGUCACGGGCCUGCUUUUCCAGAAGGCUCGGCCUGAUGGAGUUUCCAUCCUGGAUGGCAACGUUGACGUACAGGCCAAAAGAAAAGCUGUAGAAACCCAUCUGCUGAACCUGAAGCUUAAUGAAUUGAAUCCCGCCAGGCUGCUCGAACUCUUUCAUUGUGUUUAUGAGACCAGCAAUGCCAAACUGGCCAGACUGCUGUUGAAGAAACUCCCCGACAAUCUGUCGUUCUGUGGAGCGCAGCUCUGCUCAUCAGAUGUGUAUGUCAUAUGCCAUCUUCUUCAACAUGCUACCACGUUGAAACGGACCUUCUCGAUUAAUCUCCAAGAAACAUCAAUUCCUAUCAGUGACCUGAGAGAGCUGGUGGAGCUGAAAUGUAUAACAUCCUUCUGGGCACAUACAGGGGACACCAUUGCAUUGUGGGAGGACUUGCAUGACAGCAACAAUGAGUUGAAACUGAAAGGUGCCAUUGAGAAAUUCACCUUGAACCCACUGAAAGCAACACAGGGGCAUCACAUAGAGAACCUGCCUCUCCUUGUUCACAUUCACAGAGGGAAGAAGUUACCAAGGAGUGAUUUUGUGCCUGCCCUCAAUGAAGGUGUACCAGCCCUCAGGCAUCUUCAGAAACUAGAAUUUGAGCUUGGAGUACAAAAUGGUCCCGAAAUGUUUCCUAAACUUAUAGAAGUUCUGCCUUCUUUGCAGUCUCUACAGCAUCUGGACAUUGAGAAAAACAAAAUUGGCGACUCUGGAGCUGAGAAGCUUUCUGGUGUUCUGCACUUUCUGGCAUCGUUGAAAUGGUUAAAUCUGUCUCAGAACUGCAUUGGAGAUGCUGGAGUGGAGAAACUGGCUAAAGCUCUUGCAUCAGUCCCUUCAUUACAGAGCCUCAGCCUGUAUGGAAAUCUUAUAGCUGACAAUGGAGCUGAAGAACUUGCAUUAGUUUUACCAGAUAUGAAACUUCUGCAGGACUUGGAUGUGAAGUUUAACAAGUUCACAGACAUAGGAGCUAAAAAGCUCAGCGCUGCUCUGAAAAACUGCACUGGCAUGAAGUCUUUGGAGCUGUGGAAUAACUGCAUUCCAUGGGGAGUUUUUGAACACCUUCAUCAUCAGGACCCACGGAUUAGAUCACUAUGAUGCACUUUUUAAAAAGCUGCAUACUGAACACUUUUACGAGCAAGGCUUCUCCUUAAAAAACACAAUUCAUAAUAAGUUUCAAUACUUUGUGAAUAUUUCUCAGCAAGAACACUAAACCUUUUUUUUAAAAGCUGUUUCAUCUUGACAAAGUCACUUUAUGUGUGAUUAAUGUAUAUAAUGGCUUAUUUGCACUAACAUUUCUGUAAUUUAAUCACUAAAACUCAUUUUUUGGACCAUUUUUGUU